GUUCAUAUGAAAGCAUAGGUUACGAAAAUAUAAUUAAUAUUAAAGAAGAAAAAGGUCCAAUUUUCUUCUUAUUAUUCACCUCAAAUCCAUUCUGAGGCUUAAAUUCAAAACCCCAUUUUUUCUAACUCGAAAACAAAGCCAAAAAAAACAAAUCUCCUGAGCAUAUAUAUUUGAAGAUUCUCAAUAGAAUCAUUCCUGGGAUAGACUAAGAGAGAAGAAAAAGAAAUGGAAACUAGAUUUUUUGCAUUAUGAUUUGGGUUUUUUUCCUUGGAAAGUAAAACAGAUUUCUCACAAGUGAAAUGGAGAAAGCUUCAUGCUUGUUUUGUGGAAAUAUUCCUUCAACUACAACAAAAGCUUUGGCUUUGACUGUUCGAAAGAGUAGCUUUUUGAGUUCUUUGCCAUUCUCUUCUUCUCCUUCUUCGUUGAAAUCUAUUUGUUUAUUUGUUGGCCGUAGAUAUUCUUUCCCUUCAACAAAAUUUCAGUCCAAGCAGCUUGUUUGCAAUGGUGGUGGAGAAAGCAGUGGCAGUCAUGGUAGCAGCAAGUUUGCUACUACCACAAAAAAGAAGCCUAGAAGCAAAAGCUAUAUUGGAAGCAACCCAAAAAUUAGCAAAAGUGAGAAUAAGUCUACUUCUAAGCCCAACGAUAGUGUCACUAGGACAAAUAUAUUAGUGGAAGAAUUGGGGUUGUUUAAGAAACAGAAGGAACAGAAGGUUCAAAAGACUAAGGCUUUAAAUGUUAGAACUUUGUAUCAAAAUGGGGAUCCUUUGGGCAGAAGAGAUCUUGGGAAGAGGGUAGUUUGGUGGAUUAGUGAAGGUAUGAAGGCAAUGGCUUCAGAUUUUGCGUCAGCAGAGUUGCAAGGGGAGUUUUUGGAGUUGAGACAAAGGAUGGGACCUGGAUUGACCUUUGUAAUCCAGGCACAGCCUUAUCUCAAUUCCGUUCCCAUGCCUCUUGGACUUGAAGCAAUUUGUUUGAAGGCUUGUACACAUUACCCGACUUUGUUUGAUCAUUUCCAGCGGGAAUUGAGGAAUGUUCUUCAAGAGUUGCAGCAAAACUCUAUGGUUCAGGAUUGGAAGGAGACUGAGUCUUGGAAGCUGCUUAAGGAGCUUGCUAAUUCAGCUCAGCAUAGGGCUAUUGCCCGUAAGGUUACACCUCCAAAGCCUGUUCAAGGUGUUUUGGGGAUGGAUUUGGAGAAGGCUAAGGCCAUGCAAGGCAGGAUUGACGAAUUUACAAAGCAGAUGUCAGAGUUGCUCCGGAUAGAGAGGGAUGCAGAACUGGAGUUCACUCAGGAGGAGUUGGAUGCUGUUCCUACACUUGAUGAGGGUUCAGAUUCAUCAAAGCCUAUUGAGUUCUUGGUUAGCCAUGGCCAGGCUCAGCAAGAACUUUGUGACACCAUUUGCAAUUUGAAUGCUGUUAGCACAUCAACAGGAUUAGGCGGAAUGCAUUUGGUGUUAUUUAGGGUUGAAGGGAACCAUCGACUGCCACCUACGACCCUGUCUCCUGGAGAUAUGGUUUGUGUGAGAAUUUCCGACAGCAGGGGAGCAGGUGCAACUUCUUGCAUCCAGGGAUUUGUUGACAACCUUGGUGAUGAUGGUUGUAGCAUCAGUGUUGCCCUGGAGUCUCGUCAUGGUGAUCCAACUUUCUCUAAGCUCUUUGGAAAGAGUGUGCGUAUUGAUCGUAUUCAUGGACUGGCUGAUGCACUCACAUAUGAGCGCAAUUGUGAAGCCUUGAUGCUACUCCAGAAGAAUGGCUUGCAGAAGAAAAACCCUUCAAUUGCUGUUGUGGCCACACUGUUUGCAGACAAGGAAGAUGUGGAAUGGCUGGAGGAGAAUGAUUUGGCCGACUGGAGUCCAGCAGAGUUGGAUGGAUUGUUACAAAAUGGAACAUUUGAUGAUUCCCAGCAAAGAGCAAUCGCUUUAGGCUUAAACAAGAAGCGACCUGUGAUGGUUGUCCAAGGACCUCCUGGCACUGGGAAGACAGGCAUGCUUAAGGAAGUUAUAGCACUUGCUGCACAACAAGGUGAAAGGGUGCUAGUAACGGCACCUACUAAUGCAGCUGUUGACAACUUGGUUGAGAAACUUUCCAAUACAGGAUUGAAUAUAGUUCGUGUUGGAAAUCCAGCACGUAUUUCUUCAGCUGUAGCAUCCAAGUCUUUGGUUGAGAUUGUCAAUUCUAAGCUUGCAGAUUACCGAGCAGAGUUUGAAAGGAAGAAGUCAGAUCUAAGAAAAGAUCUUCGACAUUGUUUAAAGGAUGAUUCUUUAGCUGCUGGAAUACGCCAGCUUUUAAAGCAGCUUGGUAAGGCAUUAAAGAAAAAGGAAAAGGAAACGGUGAGGGAAGUACUAUCAAAUGCACAGGUGGUGCUUUCUACCAACACUGGAGCAGCUGAUCCACUUAUUCGAAGAUUGGAUACUUUUGACCUGGUUGUUAUAGAUGAAGCUGGGCAGGCAAUUGAACCCUCUUGUUGGAUCCCAAUAUUGCAGGGCAAACGUUGUAUACUUGCUGGUGAUCAAUGCCAACUUGCUCCAGUAAUUUUGUCCCGUAAAGCUUUAGAAGGUGGUCUUGGAAUAUCCUUGCUAGAGAGAGCUGCAACUUUGCAUGAAGGGGUUCUUGCUACUAUGUUAGCAACUCAGUACCGAAUGAAUGAUGCAAUAGCCAGUUGGGCUUCAAAGGAGAUGUACGAUGGAGAACUGAAAUCCUCUCCCUUGGUUGCGUCUCAUCUUCUUGUUGAUUCACCAUUUGUCAAGCCAACAUGGAUAACACAAUGCCCCUUGCUGUUACUUGAUACAAGGAUGCCAUAUGGGAGUUUGUCAGUUGGCUGUGAAGAGCACUUAGAUCUGGCAGGCACAGGAUCUUUUUUCAAUGAAGGGGAAGCGGAUAUUGUUGUCCAACAUGUCCUUUAUCUCAUUUAUGCAGGUGUUAGCCCAACAGCAAUUGCUGUCCAAUCACCUUAUGUUGCUCAGGUACAGCUCUUAAGAGACAGGCUUGACGAGUUUCCAGAGGCAGAUGGCAUCGAGGUUGCAACGAUUGAUAGCUUUCAGGGCCGAGAAGCUGAUGCUGUAAUUAUAUCAAUGGUACGGUCAAACACUCUAGGAGCCGUUGGAUUCUUGGGGGACAGUAGGCGAAUGAAUGUAGCCAUUACAAGAGCUCGUAAACAUGUUGCAGUCGUGUGCGAUAGCUCAACAAUUUGCCACAACACUUUCCUGGCCAGGCUCUUGCGUCAUAUCCGCUACGUCGGUAGGGUGAAGCAUGCUGAACCCGGUGCUUCCGGAGGAUCAGGACUCGGGAUGGAUCCAAUGCUGCCAUCCAUCAGUUAACAUGACAUGAAACAGGUUCAAGUACCAAGCUUUGAAUUUGUUUCAGAUGAAUGAUUGUUUGGAAGUUCAAUCUGAGAAAUAGAUGCUCUGGAUUUAUUUCAGCAUCUGUUUUCCCAUUAAUUUAUGUACAGAUGGUCAUUUUUGUGAACAAAAUUGCUACUUCUCGAUUUAGUUGUAUAUAGAAAUACACAUUUGAUGAACCCUAAUUUGUAUACAUUUCAAAACUGCAAAUAAUAUCAAUGAAAGAAAAACCCCAAAAGAAAAUUUGACUGCUAUUUUAGUUAUAA